AUGCGGGCUCGCUACAAAGGCCCAGCCGGCACUGGCAUUCUGGAGCUGUCUGAUGACGCUACAGUCCAAACCCUCUUCGAUGAGCUCCGAACCAAGACUGGUCUGGCCAAUUUUGGAAUCAAAUACGGUCUUCCUAUGGCUAUGAAGACCCUUGAGCUCAACCAGAGCGAUCAGAUUGCCCGAUCUCUUGGUCUUCAUGGCGAAACACUUACCAUUGUCCCGGAGGACAUACCACCGGCGCCUACUGAGCCAGCUCGGACUGCCACUGCCCAAGAUCGGGUUACGGCAUCCCGAACUGCAAAAAAAAGAGAGAGCCCCGAAGAUGUACAUGUUCCAUGGCGGGAACGAGGUGGGACUUUACUUUUGCGAGUGAUGCCCAGCGAUAACAGCUGCUUGUUCACGGCCUUUGGAGGUGCUUUACAAGACCAGAUUCCUGCUCAACAAUUGAGAAGAAUGAUGGCAGACUUCAUUGUUCAGAACCCAGAAGACUAUUCGGAGGCUGUGCUGGGUAGCUCACCUAGCCAAUACUGCCGCAGUAUUCAGGACCCUGACAGAUGGGGUGGCGGUAUUGAGCUCAGCAUUUUGUCCUCUAUCUUCAAUAUUCAGAUCUGUACCUUUGACGUUCAGGCCCAAAACUUAAUCAACUUCGGAGAAGACAAGCAGGAUCGUUGCAUUCUUGUGUACUCUGGAAUUCAUUAUGACCGAGUCGCGUUCAGCUUGUCAGACUUUCCACACAACUCCUCUACCUUACCCCCUGAACUAGAUCGAACUGUUUGGCCGACAGACGAUGAUGAAAUACUCGAACAGACUCAAAAACUCGUCAAAAAGUUGAACAAAGCGCACUACUACACUGACACAGAAGGGUUGAUCCUACGAUGUGAUGUACCUGGAUGCGACUGGAUAGGCAGCGGCCAACUGGAAGGGCGGAAGCAUGCAGAGUUGACGGGGCAUGUGGACCUGAGCGAGAUUCAAGAUCAGGCUGAUGAUGUGCUCCAUAAGUGUGAGACGCCAGGAUGCGACUUCAUCGGCCAAGGAGACAAAGUCAUGAGGCAGCACAGCGCCGAUACUGCCCACGAGGGGUUCUCCAUUAUUCCCGAUUGGUGA